UCGAUCCGAUUGGUCGAGUUGUAACAGGUAGUGUGCUGCCACCCACUUCCGAUCCAAGCUAUAACCCCUACGAAAGUACACAGUUCCACUUCCACUGUCCCCCAAUAAGCCCGGCUUCUGUUAAAUCGUGCGAGGCGCCCAGAAACAACAAUAAAAUUUCAAAAUUGACGAGUUACCAUAGAAUGUAAGUGAAAGUGAAAGUGAUUGCAUAGAACCAUGAGCAGCAGAGCCAGUAACAGAAGGAUAACAGCGGGAACGCCACUAGACGAGUGUUCCUGUUGGAAAGAAGGUGAAACGGUACCGUUUGUAGAACCACCAGAUGAUCUUCGCUGCAGUCGAAGUGACGGCAAAGCAUGGCGUUGCAACCGCUGGAAAAUUCAUGAUAGGUCACUUUGUGAGCUACAUUACCUUCAAUCACGCAGCAAGUCGGGGAAGUGCCAAACGGGGCAGAAAGGUGUAAAUAAGGCUCAAAGUAAGAAACUUUUUAGGAAGGUGAAAGGCAAGAAGCGUGGCCGUGACGAUUAUGAAGAGGAAAAGGAAAAGGAGGUUAUGCCGGAAAAAAAGCAGAGGGCAAAACUGAAACUUGAAGAUGAAUUUGGGGUGGAAAUGGUAAAUAAAGAUAAAAAAUUGGGACAAAAAGUUGAUAUUUUGGAGAAGAAGAGGGAUGACUGCAGUUUUGUAAAAAAAGAGAAAAAUUUGGGUGAGGAUGAAGCACCUGAGAAGCGGAAGAAGAAGAAUAAGAAGAAGAAGAAGAAAGGUGUAAAAGGAAAUGGUGUAGUGAUUAAGGAAGAAGAAUUGUUGGAUAGGAAGGUUAGGAGUAGAGAGAAACUAAAGAAUCUAAUCAGAAGUGAGAAAGAACUUGAUGCUUUGUUGGAUAGAGAAAUUAAAGAACAGUUGAUUAUAAGUAGUAACAAGAGAAAACCUGAUGAUACAACUAGAAUGGCUCAAAAUGAGCCUAAGCAGAGGAUGUGGAAGGAAGUUACUUCAUGUCAUCAAUGCUGGAAAAGUGACAGGAAGCUGAUACAGUGCCAAAAAUGCAAGAGGAAAGGAUAUUGUUCCCCUUGCAUUAGGAGAUGGUAUCCUAAAAUAUCAGAGGAAGCAAUAAGAGAGGCCUGCCCUUUUUGUCUGGGAAAUUGUAAUUGCAAAGGGUGCUUACGCAGAAAAGAGACAAAUGUGGGUGCCAAAAGUUCAGGAAUGCCAGUAAAUAGAGAUGAAAAGGUUAAGCAUCUGAGAUAUCUUGUUCAUGUCCUGUAUCCCUUUCUCGAACAGUUUGAUCAUGAACAAAUGAUGGAAAAAGAGAUGGAAGCACAGAUGCAAGGGAUAUCAUCGAGAGAGGUUGAGUUGCAGCAAGCAUUUUGUAAUGGUAAUGAACGUAAAUAUUGCAAUAACUGUAGAACUUCCAUAGCUGAUUUUCAUAGGAGUUGCCCACAUUGUUCGUAUGAUCUUUGCCUUACUUGCUGCCGUGAAAUUCGUGAUGGCUGCUUGCAAGGUGGAGGUGAAAUUGUUGUUGAGUAUUUAGACAGAGGAAAGGCUUACUUGCAUGGUGGAGAACCUGAAUUAAUGCCCUUAGUAGAAGAAAAAUCUUCUAGCAGUAUUAAAUCAGAUUUGCAAAAUCGUAAGACAGCAAUAUCAGAGUGGAAACUGAAGGAAAAUGGUGACAUCCCAUGUCCACCAAAGGAACUCAAUGGGUGUGGACAUUCUCAUCUUGAGCUGAAGAGCAUCUUUCCAGAUGGUUGGAUUUCAGAAUUGAAGGAAAAAGUAAACAAGUUACUUAAAGUUUGUGAACUUUCAGUUGCACCAAGAAAUUCUUCGGAAUGCUGUCCGUGUUUUGGAACAAAAGGUGACAUCAGAUCAAGCAAUAGAAAUCUGCGGAAUGCUGCUUCUCGAGAAGAUUCAAGGGACAACUAUGUGUACUGCCCUUCAGCUAUUGAUAUCCAACACGGGGACCUCGAUCAUUUCCAGGCACAUUGGAUCAGGGGAGAGCCAGUGGUUGUCAAAGAUGUCCUUGAAUUAACAUCUGGCUUGAGCUGGGAGCCAAUGGUUAUGUGGCGUGCAUUUCGUGAUAUAAAGUAUACUGGUAGUUCAGAGUUGGUAGUUAAAGCUAUUGAUUGUCUUGAUUGGUGUGAG